AUGCAUGCGACUGCUGGGUCCCAUGAGCCUCAUCUAGAUUACCCGUUCCCUCUUCCAUCAUUUUGUCCUGGUCUUGAUGACGGACAGUUCUGUCAACGGGAACUGAAGGAGGAGUCGAGGUCAUGGAGAUCUGAAAAGUAUCCAUCAACAUCCAGUGUCUUAAUAUUCGACCAUGACCAUGGCAUGGGCACAACGGGGACUUAUAAUGACGCCGACAUUGAUCGACUCCUUGCGGAGCGCCAGCCUCAGAUUCGAAUUAUCCUAUUGCAUCCAACUCCAGAGAAGAGAAUACUCCGGACUUUGACCGACCCGGAUGCAGUACAGGUUCUGCUUAAAAACGAGCUCAUCAACGAUCGAAAGGUGACACCAGCCGACCCUCAAUUCCACGAUGACUUCAAGGGCGAAGUAUCAUCCGAGCUAAAUAUCACCCGCGACAGCUUGUUCAAGAUCCUCACCAAGUUUGAUAUUGCGCCUGCAGCUAGCUCUCAUAUCCGAGGCCAAGAACAAAUAUUCGGUUCAAGGCAACUACGUGACGACGACGGGACGGUAACAUCGUUCGAAUUCUGGUAUGCCAUCCGGGCCAGGGCAUACGUCCAGAAAGUCCGCGAAGAAGCAGAUCUAAAGAUGACCAUUGUAACGCGGUACGAUGCCAAAACAGACACAACAUUAGCCCUGUUAAAAUACAGAUCUUUUAAUGAUCUACCGCAACGUCUGCAUGAGGAACUAGUCGAUAACCUGGAAACAUUCGUGCGCACACCUAAUACAGCCUCGCUCGCAAAGAAUCCAUUCAUCCCAUCCAUCAUCCACUUCAACCCUACGAUCCAAUAUUACCGACGCGCUGCGCGGGAUCCUCGCGACACCAUCCGUGCAGAAGAGCGCCGGGUGCUCGACACCGCGGGCGAGCACUCUCGCACUGACCUCCCCAAGCUCUAUCUCACUCUAACGAGUCUCGACCAGGACAAAAUCCAGAUGAAUUUUAUCUUGGGGGUUAUCGAGCGGUUGCGGAAACAGCACGAGGUAUUCCAGGCUAUAGUAAAAAGGAAGCCGGAUGUGCAGGACCGUGAUUUACUUUACUUUCGGGUUGAAGAGGAGCUUGACCGGUUUGAGAAUCAGAUGACCUACUUCAAAUCAUCUGUCGAGGACAUCGCUAGAAGAGUUGAGCGUCUGUUAGACUUGCUCUUCAAUAUGAGCUCCCGAGUGAAUACACAAUCAAGCAUGAAGAUGACGAAAUACGCGAUGCAGGAGAGCGCUUCCAUGAGUACAAUCUCCGUUGUGACCAUGCUAUUUCUCCCCGGAACCUUCAUCGCAACCAUUCUCGGUACAAACAUCAUUGCCGGACCGGAUCGGGGAGAUGGAGAAUCCCCAGGGGACCGACGACUGCUUGUUUCCUCGCAGUGGUGGAUUCUUCUCGUCGCAACUUUGUCACUGACGCUAGCAACCUUCGUAGGCUGGCACUGGAUGCGGGACAGGUCAAAGAGAACUCUCAAGCUCAAGAUAUCGAAACAUGAGGUCUAA